UUUGCCCUUUCACAUAUACAUAAUACAUGUUGUGAUUAAAGCAACGUUUACUCUCCCUCCACUCCCCAGCUAGCUAGCGUAUCAUGGAAUCUAAUUUCUUCUUUAAAACCAAUAUGCUAACUCUGAACCACUCAUUGCAGCAUGAAAUAGAGGUCCCUUUAGUUGGCACGGAUUGGUCAUGGAUGAUGGAGUUCCUGAAGGGUAUGGUGAAGCCAGUGGCUGCCACUGCAGUGGUGUGUUUGGCUGUGGCCUUGUCCUUCUACCAGAAGCUGGGGCUGGAGCUAGAGAUGGUUGUUGCCAUUGUGAGGGCAUUUAUUCAACUUUCUAUCAUUGGCUUUGUGUUGGAGUUCAUUUUCCGCCAGGACAACGCUGGAUGGAUCCUCCUAGCAUACCUUUUCAUGGUAUCAAUAGCGGGUUACACUGCGGGUCAGCGUGCGAAACAUGUUCCUCGUGGGAAGUAUGUGGCAGGGGCCUCCAUUCUCACAGGAACUGCAGUGACCAUGUUGGUGCUGGUAGCUUUGAGCGUGUUCCCUUUCACUCCUAGAUAUAUCAUACCUGUGGCUGGCAUGAUGGUUGGGAACUCAAUGACAGUUACCGGUGUUACCAUGAAAAGACUCAGAGACGACAUCAAAACUCAAAUGAACUUGGUAGAGACAGCAUUGUCUCUUGGUGCAACCCCACGACAAGCAACGCAUGAACAAGUGAAAAGGGCUCUGAUAUUGGCCCUUUCUCCGGUGGUGGACAACACCAAAACAGUGGGUCUAAUAUCCCUUCCUGGGGCAAUGACUGGUCUCAUUAUGGGAGGGGCAUCGCCGUUGGAAGCAAUUCAACUACAGAUUGUGGUGAUGAAUAUGAUGAUUGGUGCAGCAACUGUUAGCAGCAUAAUGGCUACAUACCUCUGUUGGCCAGCAUUCUUCACCAAGGCCUACCAAUUGGAAACCAAAGUCUUCUCAAGUUGAUUCCACCUAACUUGAAUCGGUGAUUUCGAGUUCAGUAGAAUUGAAUUUGUUGAAUUUUGAAUUGUUAAAAGUGGUUAGAUGAAUUUUGUGUAAAUCAAAAUGAUCUUACACUCUUCAAAUAUGGAUUUAGCUCAUUAAAAAUACGCGGGUAUUUGAUUGCACUUCA